AUGAGUUACAGCAAGAAAGACGAAGAUGCGGACACUGCAAUCAUGAGGGUGGACAGGACCUCAGUCUUCCAGGAGGCACGACUGUUCAACUCUUCUCCAAUACAGCCCCGAAGAUGUCGAGUCCUCCUUACUAAGAUUGCCCUCCUCCUCUACACAGGAGAGCGGUUCCCCACCAAUGAAGCCACCACCCUCUUCUUCGGAAUCUCGAAGCUCUUCCAGAAUAAAGAUGCCAGUCUACGGCAAAUGGUACACCUUAUCAUCAAGGAGCUAGCGCAUUCGGCAGAGGAUAUAAUUAUGGUCACAAGUACAAUCAUGAAAGAUACUGGUGGUGGAACAGAUGCUAUCUUCAGACCGAAUGCAAUUCGUGCCCUUUGCCGGAUCAUUGACGCAUCUACUGUUCAAAGCAUUGAGCGCGUGAUGAAGACUGCCAUAGUGGACAAGAACCCGUCCGUUUCCUCGGCCGCCCUGGUAUCCUCAUACCACCUCCUGCCUAUCGCCCGUGAAGUUGUCCGAAGAUGGCAGAGCGAAACUCAAGAAGCUGCCACAUCUACCAAAUCAUCUGGCGGAUUCUCCCUUGGAUUCUCGACAUCAGGAAGUCAAAUGCCGGUCAACAACUCGACAAUGACACAAUACCACGCAAUUGGACUUCUUUACCAGAUGAGAAUGCAUGAUCGGAUGGCUUUGGUCAAGAUGGUCCAGCAAUUCGGAACUGCAGGUGCGGUGAAGAGCCCAGCGGCCACAGUUAUGCUUGUCAGAUUAGCAGCACAAUUGGCAGAGGAGGACCCGCAACUCCGGAAGCCAAUGAUGCAGCUCUUGGACGGCUGGCUCCGGCACAAGAGUGAAAUGGUUAACUUCGAGGCAGCAAAGGCCAUUUGUGAUAUGCGAGAUGUCACUGAUGCCGAAGUCACUCAAGCUAUCCAUGUCCUCCAGCUCUUCCUCACGUCUCCUCGGGCGGUCACCAAAUUUGCUGCCAUCCGAAUCCUCCAUAACUUUGCCUCUUUCAAACCAGCAGCCGUCAACCCCUGCAAUCCAGAUAUCGAACUCCUCAUUUCCAACUCGAACCGUUCUAUUGCCACAUUCGCCAUCACUACUCUCCUCAAGACCGGUAACGAGGCUAGCGUGGACCGUUUGAUGAAGCAGAUCUCUGGUUUCAUGGCCGACAUUACCGAUGAAUUCAAGAUCACAAUCGUUGAAGCCAUCCGAACAUUAUGCCUGAAGUUUCCCAGUAAGCAAGCCGGCAUGCUUGCGUUCCUUAGCGGCAUACUUCGUGACGAAGGUGGAUACGAGUUCAAGCGUGCUGUGGUGGAGAGCAUGUUUGAUUUGAUCAAAUUCGUGCCGGAUUCAAAGGAAGAUGCUUUGGCUCACCUCUGUGAAUUUAUCGAGGACUGCGAGUUUACAAAGCUUGCGGUCCGCAUUCUUCACCUCCUCGGAAUUGAAGGACCCAAGACGUCACAGCCGACAAAGUACAUCCGGUACAUCUACAACCGAGUCGUACUUGAAAAUGCUAUUGUGCGUGCUGCUGCAGUCACUGCUUUGGCGAAAUUUGGUGUUGGCCAAAAGGAUCCCGAGGUCAAGCGCAGCGUCACUGUUCUUCUCACCAGGUGUUUAGAUGAUGUGGAUGAUGAAGUUCGUGACCGUGCUGCCUUGAAUCUGAGACUCAUGACCGAGCCAGACGAGAUGGCUGACCGAUUUAUCAAGAAUGAAAGCACAUUUGCCCUGCCGUAUUUCGAGCAUCAACUCGUAAUGUAUGUCACUGCUGACGACAAAUCAACUUUUGACACCCCCUUCGACCUUGCAGCUAUUCCCGUUGUCACCAAAGAGCAAGCAGAUGCCGAAGAUAGAACGAAGAAACUCACGACCGUCACCCCCACAAUCAAGGCACCCAAAGCUGGACCAACGAAAGUCGCCCCCUCAAGCACAGAAGCUGCAGCUUCAGCUUCAGCGACCGCACAGAAAUACCAACAGGAGCUACUUCGUAUUCCAGAGUUCAAGCGUUACGGAGGUGUUCUAAAGUCAUCGCUAGUCGUAGAGUUGACGGAAUCAGAAACGGAGUACGUUGUCACUGUGGUCAAGCAUAUCUUCAAGGAGCAUAUUGUCCUGCAAUAUGAAGUCAAGAAUACGCUCCCCGAUACUGUGCUCGAGGAAGUAUCAGUUCUUGCCACGCCGUCCGAAGAAGAGGAACUCGAAGAAGAUUUCAUCCUUCCAGCAGCCAAACUCGUCACCGAUGAACCCGGCACCAUCUAUGUCUCUUUCAAGAAGGUCAAUGGCGAAUCAUCCUUCCCUGCCAGCAGCUUCACGAACGUGCUCAAAUUCUCGACGAAGGAAAUUGAUCCCACGACUGGUGAGCCUGAGGAGAGCGGAUACGAUGACGAGUAUCAAGUUGAAGACCUUGAGCUUACUGGAAGCGAUUAUGUUAUUCCUACUUUCGCUGGCAACUUCAACCACAUCUGGGAGCAAGUUGGCGCUCAAGGAGAGGAGGCCGAUGAGACUUUGCAGCUCAGCAAUAUGAAGAGUAUAGCAGAUGCCACCGAACAACUUACCAAAACCCUUUCGUUACAACCGCUCGAAGGAACCGACGUACCGAUUAAUACCACUACUCACACUCUCAAGCUCUUCGGGAAAACUGUCACUGGCGGCAAGGUCGCCGCCAACAUCCGGAUGGCCUAUUCCUCGAAAUCCGGUGUCACGAGUAAAAUCGUUGUUCGCAGUGAAGAGGAAGGCGUCGCGGCUCUAGUCAUCGGGUCACUCUCUUAA